AUGAGCUUUGAAGGAUAGGCAGUUUACUACACUGAUCAGCAACUUGUUGAUUCUAAUUAGAACAAAUUUAAUUUCUAAGAUCAAGAUCUUCCCAUUACAUUAGACUAAGCUGAACUCAAAUUUCAGCAUUUUAUUCUAUAAACUCAAGAGAAAUCAACUUAUAUUUACAGAGAAUAGCUUCAAAAUAAUGCAAACAAGGGAUAGCAUUUCCUAAGAAUAAACAUUGAUGAUUUGAACAAUUUCGAUGAUGAACUGAGUCAAAUGAUGAGAAAUCAUCCCGCUACUGUAAUGCCAGUCUUUGAAAGUGCAGUACAAUAGGUCUACAGAAACAACUACUUUCACUAAAACUUUACUGAAGGAGAGCCAGUACCUAAGUUUUAAGUCUAAAUCCACAGUUUAGAAUAGCCCAGAAUGCUAAGGGAUUUAUAGAGUCAUUUAAUAGGAAAACUAGUUGUUGUUCCAGGAAUUAUCACUAAUGCAAGUAGAACACAAAUUAAAGCAACUUCAGUGACAUAUAAAUGUAAAAACUGUGGUCAUAUUAAGGAAUGUAAGACUGGUGGAGGUUAUGGAUCAAUUAACUAUCCUAGAGUUUGUGACAACCAAAGAAACCCAGGGCUAGAUAAACAGCAAUGUAAAUUAGACUCUUAUACUAUCGUUUCGGAGAAAUGCGAUUAUAUCGAUCAAUAAAAUUUGAAACUUCAAGAGGCGCCAGAACUUGUUCCGACAGGAGAAAUGCCAAGAACAUUCAACCUCACUUGUGAUAGAUACUUAGCUGAUAAGGUAACUCCAGGCAAUAGAGUAAAGAUUGUUGGUAUUCUAAGUAUUCUUAAUAAAGGAGCUGGAUCAAAUGCCAACAAACAAAUUAAGAAUCAUGUACAAAUCAGUUAUUUGAGAGUUCUUGGAAUUAUGUCUGAAGUGAAUAAAGAUGGAGUUAAUACAACUGGAUUCGCUUUACCAAACAUUUCUCAAGAUGAUGAAGAAAAGAUUAUUAAUAUGUCUAAAGAUCCAGAGAUCUUUGAAAAAAUUUCAAGGAGUAUUGCAUCUGCUAUUUUUGGUCAUAGAGAUAUUAAGAAAGCUGUCGCUUGUCUUUUAUUUGGAGGUUCUCCAAAGAGACUACCAGAUGGAAUGAGAUUAAGAGGAGAUAUCAAUGUACUAUUGUUAGGUGAUCCUUCUACUGCUAAGUCUCAAUUCUUAAAGUUUGUAGAGAGAGUUGCCCCUAUCUCAGUUUAUACAAGUGGUAAGGGUUCAUCAGCUGCAGGUCUAACAGCAUCAGUCUUAAAGGACGCUAAUGGAGAAUUUUAACUUGAAGGUGGUGCAAUGGUUCUUGCUGAUGGAGGUGUUGUAUGCAUUGAUGAGUUCGACAAAAUGAGACCCCAAGAUAGAGUAGCAAUUCAUGAAGCUAUGGAGCAAUAAACUAUCAGUAUUGCAAAGGCUGGAAUUACUACAAUCUUAAAUUCAAGAACUUCUGUUCUUGCAGCAGCGAACCCAGUAUUUGGAAGAUAUGAUGAUUUAAAGCAUGCAGCAGAACAAAUUGAUUUCUAGAGUUCAAUUCUGUCUAGAUUUGACUGCAUUUUCAUUGUUAGGGAUAUCAGAGAAGAGGGAGCUGAUAAAGCUAUUGCAUCUCAUGUUGUUAAUCUUCAUACUUUUGGAAAAAAUAAUUAAAAUGAUGACAAUGGCUCAGAUAUCAGUCUAGAACUACUAAGAAAAUAUAUAACAUAUGCUAAAAUGAAGGUAUUUCCAAGACUUUCAGAAGAGGCUGGACAUAUGUUAUAGGAUCUCUAUGUCUCAGAUAGAAUGUAAUCCAAAGAUCAAAAAAUUUCCAAAAAAAGCAGUGGUAUUCCAAUCACUGUUAGAUAAUUGGAAGCUAUCAUUCGUCUAUCAGAAUCAAUAGCUAGAAUUCAUUUACAAACAGUCGUUUAGUUGUAGCAUGUUGAAGAAGCUCAUAGAUUAUUUAAGAUCUCAACUUUAAAUGCAGCCUAAAGUGGUAUGGCUGCAAAAACAGUUGAAACUCCAAUAGAAAUGAUGCCAAUGGUAAGAAAGAUUGAGGAGGCAAUUAAAAGAAGAGUUGCAAUAGGUACUAAAAUUUCAUAUCCAAAAUUGCAUUAAGAAAUGAUGCAAAAAUAUGAAAACGGUAAAGCAAUAGAUUAUGUAAGCUACUUAAUUCCUUAUUUAUGUUUUUAUAUAGGCUAUUAUCAGUAUGAUUAAGAGAGAUGA